AUGUAUUUCCGUUGUUUGGUAUAUCUACUCCUGCAUGCGUCCGCUGCCCGACGUCACUCGGAGCGCUUCGGAUCGACCUUCCUCUCCUUCGCGGGCGUCUGGGAAGCUUGGAAUGGCCCGCCCUUACAGGGACCUGAAGGCCAGGAAGUGAUGAAGUUGAUUCAGGCUCUUGAUAGCUCAGAUGCCUACUGCCAGCUGCUUAAAAGAGCUGGCUGCUCCCCUCGAGACUGCGCCCAUUGCGCUCAGAGCAGGAAGCAAGAAAUUUUGGAUGCUGCAGAGCAGAAGAUUCAGAGGUUGAGCAACAUGCAACGUAGCAGGCAACCAUUGGCUGUGUUUGUACUUGGAGCCACUGGCGCCGGAAAGACCAGUUUUAUAAAGUACAGGCUUGAAGAAGAGCUGCCGGCAAAUCACACGGGUUUUGUCCGAUCGGCAAUCCACGUCAAUGCAGAUGACCUGCGUUCCGAACUGGUGGGUGGCUACGCAAUCUAUUCUGCACUGGUGAACCAGAAGGCGGACUUUCCGCCGGGCUUAGUAACCGACGCAAGCUUUCUUCGCGCAGGGAUCCAGGAGAAGGUAUUGGCGUCUGCAGUCGAUUUCUUGGGCGACAGCCUUACCGUGCCAGCGUUCGUAACAGAAGAGUUCCUGGACAAUCACUUCGAUGUGAGGAUUUUCCACAUCGAGAUCCAUGGGAGCUCAGACGAGGCAAAGGCAGAGACCGCAAGAAGAGGCAUCGAAGAACGCAUCGCUUCAGGAG